AUGGCAGUCCAAACUAUCUGCUCAAAAGACAUCUACCACGGCCUACCUGUCUUUCCGGACGAUGUGGAAGGACUUACGGCCAUUGUCACCGGUGCCAAUGGCAUUUCCGGCACGUAUAUGCUCCGCGUGCUAUGUGAAUCGCCCAAACGAUGGAAGAAAAUCUACGCCGUCUGUCGUAGACCACCGCAUGGAGAAUGGCCAAGUCAAGUCGAACAUGUCUCAAUGGAUCUACUCCAGUCGCCUGAGAAGAUUGCAGAGCAGAUGCACGAGCGAGGAAUGAAGGCCGACCACGCGUUUUUCUUUGCUUAUAUCCAGCCGAAGCCGAAAGAAGGCGGGAGUAUUUGGAGUGCUGUUGAUGAACUUGUGAAGGUUAACACCGCCUUAUUGAGAAACUUCUUGGAAGGACUGGCAAUCUCCAAGUCCGUCCCUCGGAGGGUCUUACUCCAACUAGGAGCAAAGUAUUACGGCGUGCAUCUAGGCCCCUCCGCAGUACCACAAGAAGAAUCCGAUGAGCGCGUGCAUCUGGAGCCAAACUUCUAUUACCCCCAAGAGGACAUUCUGCGCGACUUUGCCCAGAAGCACGGUAUCGGAUGGAACAUCACCCGUCCUUCGUGGGUCCCUGGCGCUGUCCCCGACGCAGCGAUGAACCUGUGUCUCCCGCUUGCCAUCUACGCCACUGUACAAAAAUAUCUUGGGGAGCCAUUGGAGUUCCACUCGGAUCUGAACGCCUGGGAAGCAAACCAGACGCUAUCCACGGCACACCUGAACUGCUAUCUCGCAGAAUGGGCUGUCCUGGAACGCCAUGCCAGAAACGAGAGUUUCAACGCGUCUGACGACUGCCCCUUUACCUGGGGCAAGUUCUGGCCGCGACUAGCGGAACGAUUCCAAGUGCCGUGGGCUGGACCAUCUACCGAUCCGUUUGUAUUCAGCGAACAGGAAACACCGUACAACCCCCCACCUCGCGGUUUCGGACCUCCGGCUAAGCUGCGAUAUCGAUUUACCUUGACGGAAUGGGCCAAGAAGCCUGAGGUCCAGCAGGCGUGGAAAGGACUUGCGGAGAAGUAUCAGCUGCGGGAUAAGUCAUUGGGAGAUGUUGAUAUGAUUUUCGGGUUCGCUGAUGCUGCGUUGGGAAUGUCAUAUCCUAUUCUUUUCAGUACCGCCAAAGCGAAGAAACUUGGGUUCUUUGGAUUCGUCGACAGUACGGAGUCUGUUUUCAAGGUGUUUCAGGAGUUUGUGGAUUUGAAGAUGGUUCCUCCUCUUCCUUGA